AUGGGAGACAAGGAGCAGCUGAUGUCUGACGAGUGUUUGGAAUCAAGCAAAAAUGUGGUUAGAAAGCAGCCUGCUGCCAAAGUGCCUUGGUACUUUGCCAACGGUUUUCUCCUCUUCUGGGGACUUUUGUUCUUUGCCGUUGUAAUACCCCGCAUGUAUAAACUGCCCCAGGCCAACACUAUGGAAGAUGCCAAAAAGGGAGUUUUUAUAGCCGAACGUGCCUACAAAAAUCUUUACCAUCUGGCAAACAUUGGCCCCAAGGUUACAGGAACUGAGGAAAAUGAAGUUCAGGCGCUCAACUUUAUACUAAAAGAGCUGGAGGCUAUAAAGGCGGCCUCGUUGCAGGAUCUUUUUGAUAUAGAAAUUGAAGUAGCCCAAAGUUCAGGCGCUUGGGUACGCGGUACUUAUCUCAAUAUGUAUCAAGGCGUGCAAAACAUUGUGGUCAAGUUCUCCACAAAGAAUUCAACAAGUGAAACAUAUCUGCUUGUCAACAGUCAUUUUGACUCUGGGCCAGGAUCACCUGGAGCUGCGGAUGCUGGCUGCAUGGUGGUCACCAUGUUGGAAGUACUGCGUGUUAUGUCCACCACCAGGCAAAGAUUUGAUCAUCCCAUUAUUUUUCUAUUGAAUGGUGGCGAAGAACUGGGUUUGCAUGGCGGACAUGCGUUCAUGACAACACACAGAUAUGCCAAGUACUGCAAAGCUGUGAUCAACUUGGAAGCCGCUGGCAGCGGUGGCAAGGAAGUGCUUUUCCAGAGUGGUCCCAGACACGCCUGGUUAAUGAAGUAUUACAAGAAAUUUGCUAAACAUCCUUUAGCUACAGCUAUGGCUGAGGAGAUCUAUCAAUCCGGCAUUAUACCUUCCAAUACGGACUUUACCACAUUCAGCAAAUACAUGCCAGGCUUUGAUUUUGCUCAGUUCAUCAAUGGAUAUGUGUAUCAUACCAAAUAUGAUGCAUUGGAUAGAAUACCACGAGAAUCUUUACAGAAUACCGGUGAUAAUAUAUUGAGCAUAGUACGCGGCAUGGCAAAUGCCACUGAGCUGUAUGAUACUGCGGCUUACAAAAGCGGAACUACUGUCUUCUUUGACUUCUUGGGCCUGACUCUGGUGCAAUAUCCCCUUGCCACCGCCAAGAAUUUGAACUUUGGUGUUGCAGCUGCUGCAGUGCUGCUGGUCUUCAUUUCCAUGUGGCGCAUGUCGUCCAUGUCUGAAGUCACCAUUUGCAACGUGAUUGUCCGUUUUAUCCUCGUGCUUGUUCUACAACUCGUCAGCUUCGUGUUGAGUUUAGCGUUGCCUGUAGCUGUGGCUUAUGUUUUUGACAUGUUUGGCAUGUCCUUGACUUACUACAGUACUCCUUGGUUGAUGAUUUGCCUGUACGUGUGCCCCAUACUUUGUUCAGCUUCUUAUUAA